UUUUCUAUUUUAACGAUCACUCUUUUUUCUUCUUCCUCAGCGGCAGAGGGCCACAGUUUCUUCCAUUUUCUCUAUUAUUUAUACCCAAAUCUCUCCCUAUUUCAACUCCUUUUGCUGUCUUCAACUUCAACCCAUCAAAAAUUUCCCUUCUUUUUCCUCUCUUUUUCUCUCCCUCCAUUCAGUGAGGUAGAGGGGGCGCUCAUUUCUGCUUGAUUCUUAUUUUUGCUGCCCUGUUUUUAAGCUUACACAAUGUCGGCUUACAGAGAUGAGGAUCCUCGCAUCCAUGGCAUCAGAACCCAGAUUCGUGUUGUGCCGAAUUUCCCUCAGCCAGGUAUCAUGUUCCAAGACAUAACCACUCUGCUACUCGACCCCAAAGCAUUCAAGAAUACAAUUGAUUUGUUCGUCGAGCGCUACAAAGGGAAAAACAUUUCGGUUGUUGCAGGAGUUGAAGCUCGAGGUUUUAUAUUUGGCCCUCCUAUUGCAUUGGCUAUAGGAGCAAAAUUUGUUCCUUUAAGGAAACCAAGGAAGCUACCUGGUGAAGUUAUUUCUGAAAAGUACAUAUUAGAAUACGGAAGUGAUUGCCUAGAGAUGCAUGUUGGAGCCAUCAAGCCUCAUGAACGGGCGUUAGUGGUGGACGACUUAAUUGCGACAGGUGGCACUCUCCGUGCGGCUAUGAAUUUACUUGAACGUGUUGGAGCUGAAGUAAUAGAAUGUGCUUGCGUCAUUGAAUUGCCAGAUUUAAAGGGUCGGGAUCGGUUGAACGGUAAGCCAUUGUUCGUGCUAGUAGAGUAUCAUUAGUGCAGGAAGAUAAGUUUUCAUCCAUUGAUGCAGCAAAGAUGGAGUUUGCAUCUGAGGAUGAUAUUGGCCUGGCCAGUGCCACCUUAUAAAAUCUUAUAUUCAACUCAAAGCCAAUGUGACAAACAAACCAUCGUCCCUCUCAACCUCUGCCCCACCCCUCAAAAACAAAAAAAAGAAUCUGCUCAAAUGCCAUUUUCACUGUCCAAUGAUUUGGUGAGUUUGGGUAGGAGCCUUAAUUCUAUCUUGUACACACCAUUUAAUUGUGAAAAAGGCUAUUCAGGUAGAUGCUUGUAGCUGGACUCUGUUGUUCUUUUUCCCCAUCUCUCUAGUUUCCUUGAAAAUAAAUAUCUAUCUUCCCCACAAUAUUUGUCCGUUUCAGAUUUAACUCCACGUGGUUUUAUUUGCCCAAUAGGACUCGUACCAAUUGUGAUACUAUUUUUGUUCACUUCUAACGGAUGUAAGAUUUCGCUCGGGAAUUAUAUUUAUGGUCAAAGUGAUGAAACAAAGAGAGACUAAUUGGGUUACUUUAGUGUGAAGAACUUUGCUUGGAAGCAUAGAUGUGGAAUGUGAUGUUGAAGAUUAAAAUAAGGGCUGGAGCUUGCUGAUGGAGUCAAGUAUGUUGAUCACUUUUUGCAGCUUUGAUAAAUGAGGGGAAUUAAAGAGAGAAAAAAAAAAGGGUUGGGUGUCAAAGACAGUGAAAUGGCAACAUCUAUUUAUUAUUAUUUUUUUUUGGUUUGAUUAUGUAUGAUAUAGCUUUCAUUUUCUGUCAAGGAAAAGCAAGGUUUGGUCAUUACCAGCGUGACUUGCGCUAUACUUAUGCCCAUUUCUUUGUUGCAAA